AUGGCAGAGUCUCAGAGGGAACACCAGCGGAUGUUACAGCGUCACCACCGUGAAGAGCUGCAGGGCCGCAUCCAGGCCAUGAAGAAUCCGGUCCCGAAGAGCGACAAGAGGAAAAGAAAGCAAUAUGUGUCCCGCCUUGAGGCCAAGAUGGAGCAGAAACACAGCCAGGAGCUGGAAAAACUUGACAAUGGUUACCUCGAAACUGUCACUGAAGAUUUUGCCAAGAUGAAUCUGGAUAACCAGCCACCCCACCUCUGUAGGUCACAAAAAAGACAUGAAAGAAAGGCAGCGUUAGAGAGAGAAUGCCAGGAGUGGCUCUCCGAGGCUGAGAUGGAGCAUCUGGUUAGCUAUCGCUAGGAUGAAGAGAAGAAGCUCUCAGUCAUCUUGGGGGCCAAACAUUUGGAGAUGAAAGAUAACCCGGAAGAUGGCCACUGCAUGUACCAUGCAAUCCAAGACCAGCCGGUGUUCUUGGUGACCGUGGAGAGCCUGAGAAGCCGCACUGGUGACUGUACGCAGAAGCACAUGGACGGUUUCCUGCCCUUCUUCAGCAACCCCAAAGCCGGUUACACCUAUAGCCGCUAUGAUUUCUUGAACUACUGCAACCGCAUGGUGCUUGAAGCUACCUGAGGCCUGCUGUAACUGAGGGACAUGUCACAUGUCCUGCAGACCCCCAUUAAGGUGAUUCAGGCGGACUCUCCUAUGGUUGUCAUGGGGGUCGGGGAGUACACCAACAAGCCGCUGGUCCUGAUCUAUUUGCGUUACACCUCUGUGAAGCCUCUGGAAUCAAACGCCAUUGGGGCUUGUGUUGGUCUGGGUCUUGGAGAAGAGUGGGUAAUUCAGGAAUCUGAAGUUUUCACUAGCCUCCAAGCACUCUGGUUUUAG